GAGGGGAUGCCGAAGAUGGUGGUGAAGUGAAGAGAAUAUAUUGGAGGAGAAGCCUCACCAAACCCCCACUCUCUCCCCCUUCCCUCAUCUCAGCUCCCACUUUUUGGAAGUGGAAGCAGUGGCUUCAACUUCUCUUUCUCAGUGCUCAGUGACUUGUGUUUCAAGCUUCCUGGACUGAUCAACUGAAGCAGCAGGGGAGAUGAACAAAGGUGAAGAGUUUAAGCUCCUUAAAAUCCAGACGGUGAUCCUCAAGGUACACAUACAUUGUGAUGGAUGUAAGCAGGAGGUGAAGAAACUUCUUCAGAGAAUCGAAGGAGUGUACACUGUGAGCAUAGAUGCAGAGCACCAGAAGGUCACAGUCUCAGGCAACGUGGACUCCGGUUCUCUAAUCAAGAAGCUGGCCAGAUCAGGCAAGCAUGCAGAACUGUGGCCUCAGAAGCCCGGCAACCAGAGUACCAAGUGCAACCAGCAACAUCAAGGAAAGGAUCGGGGCAACAAGAACAAAGGCCAUGGCGGUCAGGGCAACAACAAAGGCCACCAAUCCCUCAUCCAAGGCCUUAAAGCCUUCAAGAACCAGCACGGCAGCAUCGAGCCUCCGAGCUCCGACGACGACGACGAAGAAUUCGAUGAUGAUCUUGAUGACGAAGAAGAUGAUGAGCUUGGAUUCAUUGGUGACAAGAUCAAGCAGCUUAAUCUGCUAAAGCAAGCAAACAACGCUGCAGCAGCAGCAGCAGCAGCCACCAAGAAAAAUGGCAAUCCAGGUGGGAAUGGCAACAAUGGAGGAGCGAGGAAGGGUGGAGGAAACCCAAACCAAGCUUUUGGAUUGAAGGGCCCUGCUGGGUUACAGCCUAAAGGCUUCGCUGCUGCACCUAACAACAAGAUGAGCAAUGGUGGUAACAAUCCAAGUGCAGGUCUGCAAGGACUUGUUGGAAGCGGUGGGUUGGGAGCACAUCAAGCUCAGCAACAACCAGGAGCAAACUUCUCCACAGGUUUCCCUGCAGCUGGUAAUGGUGGAUUUGGGGUGAACAACCAAGCAAACCUGAUGAUGAACUCACUGGGACCGGGGUACCAGAACCAGCCAUCCUCCUCCAUGAUGAUGAACCUGAGAGGGCUCAGCAACAACAUGCUGAUGAAUGAGAGCAGAUACAUGCAGCCACAAGUGAUGUACAACAGGUCACCUCAAAUCCCUCCCUACACUGCCUACUACAAUCCCUAUCCCUAUCCAUAUCCCCAUCCCUACUACAGGAGUCCUCAUGUCAACCAUCACCCAGAAACUGGUGGUGGUUAUGGUGACCAUCUUUUCAGUGAUGAGAACACCAGCAGCUGUGUGGUGAUGUAAAGGGUGCAGAGUUCUGAGGGGAUCUCUGCAGGGGUGUGAGGGAGGGAGGGAAUGUGAUGAAGUAUGCAGUGGUAUUGCUUCUUGUUUCUUCACUUUUCUUUUCUGCUGGUAAGAAAAAAGCUGGUCUGAAUGGCUUAAAUGUUGGGCUGUUUGACACUGAUGCCUGUCCAGAAUAUUUAUUUCAUGCAGUUAUUAGUACAA